AGAAGUGUACUGUAUCUCUAACGCUUGAGGAAGAACAUUUGGACCACCUCUCAAGACACUUGACACUUACUCUUUACGCAGCAUCAUGAAACACAUCGGACCUUCAUAGAAAGACAACCUAGAAGUACAUAGAAGUUCCUUCACGAUGAACACCUCGCAGCAUCAGAGCCUGGACGAGAACGUGGUCUUUUCUCCAGUGCUUGAGUCCGACCCAGAGUUCCUUCACUCCGAAGCUGAGAGAUGCGCUGUGGAGCAGCUGCUGACCGCUGGUCCUGGAGCUUUCUAUCCCAAACUUUGCAAGGAGAGACUAACACACUUCCUCUCACCAGAGGAGGUGAAUCAUGUGUCCAGCUGGGUUGAGGAUUACCACAUUAGUGAGGUCCCUCUGGACGAUGGAAACUUUGAAGGAGAAAGUGGCACUGGGACUCAGAGAUACUCCGUUCAGUACUUUCCCAUUCAUUCGGAUAUCCCGGCCCCAUGCCUAGAGUUAGGAUGGCCGGAGAAGGAAAGGUGGGAAGGUGUGGACCAGGCUGAGGUCUACAUCAAUCCUCCAGUGGAGCAGAUGCCCCACAUUCGGGAGGUGGUGAGGAGGCUGCUACAGGGAGCGACCACGCUAAUUGCUAUAGUGACAGACAGAGUGACGGACAGGGCAGUGAUUGCGGAUCUUCACUGUGCUGCAUCGCGGGGCGUUCCGGUGUACAUCAUCCUGAACCGAAGAUCCCUUCAGGAGAACUUCAACCCAAACAGAUUCAAACACCCGAACAUAAGAGUUCGGACUGUGGGGGGGAAGACGUUCUUCUCUCGGGAUGGGAAGAUGGUGGUAGGAGAGCUGAAGGAGAACUUUAUCCUGGUGGAUCUGCAGACAGUGGUUCUGGGAAGCUACAGUCUCACCUGGACUGAUGCCCAUUUGCACCGGCAGCUCAUCACAGUCAUGAGCGGUCCAGUGGUUGAGUCUUUUGAUCGUGAGUUCCGGGUCCUUUAUGCAGCCUCGUUGCCCAUUUCAGAUCAGUGGAAGUCCUACAGUCCUGUGGAGUUCUCCAGUGCAGAUGAACCUCACACUCUUUACCAGCCACAGCACUUUGAACCAUACAAGCGCAGACCAGCACUUAUAGAGAAAUCUUACAGCCCCCCACCACCCCCAACUGAUUGCCCUUUGAACUGGGAAGCUCUGGGGGUCGUCCAGUGGAAUGAAGGUAUCCCAGAUGGUCUAGAUAGUUUGCUGGGGGUUUGUGGGAUGCCGCUCCAGUGCCACAGUGCAGGAUUAAAUGGGCAGUCUGAGACUGCUGGAGCUAGAAGAGGAGCUGGCAUUGAGUCUGGUUGGGAGUCCCAAGUGGAGGACAAGUUAUACUCCAGUGUUAAAGUUGAGCCAAGACAUGCAGCGGAUCAUCAAACAACCUUGGGGUUUACACGAAAACCAGAUCAGGUCCCAUACAGGCGUCUGAGUUUAGCACUGGAAACAGAACGUGAGGCCUGGGAUGGGAUGCUCAGGCUCCAAGAGCACAGAAGGAACAUGAAGCCAAGGGACGAGUCCGAGACCUUUUCACAUGCUCACAGACGAGACUAUCCACCAAGGGUGGACCGGAGUAUGGAAGAAAAUAUGAUUCCUGAGGAAGUGCCCCCAGAGUCUGCUGCCAAAGACAAGAGGCCGAUUAUCCUGAGGGUCCCGCAGACGGAGAGCUUCAGCUCUCUGAGUGAUAUUCUAAGAAGAAUCAACGCUCAAAAGAGCGGCAAAGAGCAGCAGAAGAGAGUGGCUAAAACUACAAUCAGCAAAUCCAUGCUGGACCUGAGCGCAGCAGACACAGCGCAGAACACCAGCUGGUACGAAAGCUUCCCCCUAACUCCAGCCUUAGCGCUGAUGAAAAAGCGAAAUGAUGAGAUCAAAUCUGGACUCCUGAGGCCCCCGAGGACCUUCUUGCCGCUGUCCAGGCCACGCAGUUCCAGUUUUGCCCUGCAGAGGGAGCGCUGGAGACCGCUCUUCAGAGAGCAGAGGAGCGACGAGGACAUGUGA